AUGAAUAUAGUGGUUGGGCUUAAACUGACUUGAGGGCAAGUGCGGCACAUGAACAGGGUUAGCACAUGUGUCAUCAAGCUGGCCAACUGGCCAUCAUUGCCUCACACAAUCGUCCGGCCGGAGAGCAUCAAGCAAGCAGAAGAGAAUACAUGUCAGUUUUUUAAUUGUGAGAAGUGCGUAAGAACAGGAUAAAUUGUCGUGACUGCAGCGGAGUGUACAGCGUCAGGAGGAGAGGAUGCUCAACAACAUGACAACAGACACUGAGGAAGGAGAGGAGAGCCCUAACAACCAGGGUGAUGGGAACCUCAAAGAGAGCAGUCCUUUCAUCAACAGCAGCGUCUCUUGUGAUGUGGAGAAGAGCCAACAGUAUGAUGGCAAGAACAUGGCCCUAUUUGAGGAGGAAAUGGACACUAGUCCCAUGGUGUCAUCUUUGCUUAGCAGCCUAGCCAACUACUCCAACUUACCAACUGGGAGCAAAGAGCAUGAGGAAGCUGAAAACAAUGAGGAGGGUGGACGACCAUCUAAAAAACCUGUCACGGCUCCACAACUGGGAACUCUGAUGGGUGUUUACUUACCGUGUAUUCAAAAUAUAUUUGGUGUGAUCCUUUUCUUGCGAAUGACCUGGAUGGUCGGGAUUGGGGGCGUCUUUGGUUCCUUCAUAAUUGUCUUCAUGUGUUGCUCUACAACUAUGCUAACGGCCAUCUCUAUGAGUGCCAUAGCUACAAACGGAGUGGUUCCAGCCGGAGGUUCCUAUUACAUGAUCUCUCGAUCACUUGGGCCGGAGUUUGGUGGUGCUGUUGGGAUUUGUUUCUACUUGGGCACCACUUUUGCUGGCGCCAUGUACAUCCUUGGUUGUAUUGAAAUCCUGCUAAUUUAUAUUGUUCCUCAGGCAGCCAUCUUCAAAAUCGAGGGCUUGGAGGGGCUGGAAGCAGAGGCGGCCCUUCUAAAUAAUAUGCGGGUGUACGGCACCAUAGUCCUAAGCUUCAUGGCCCUGGUCGUGUUCGUGGGGGUGAAAUAUGUCAACAAGCUGGCACUGGUUUUUCUAGCCUGUGUCAUCCUCUCCAUCCUGGCUGUUUAUGCAGGAGUCAUCAAGACUGCCAUUGAGCCACCAGUCUUCCCGGUGUGCCUCCUGGGAAAUCGAACUCUUACCUCCAAAGGCUAUGACAUCUGUGCAAAGGUCAUUGAAAUCGACAAUGAGACUGUCACCACCAAAUUAUGGCGCUCGUUCUGUGAUUCAGAGUACCUGAAUGCCACUUGCGAUGACUACUUCAACAACAACAACGUCACAGAGAUACAGGGGAUUCCAGGGGUCACUAGUGGAAUCCUGGCUGAAAACUUGUUUGGCAAUUAUUUGGAAAAAGGGAUGAUUGUAGAGAAGAGGGGACUGGCUUCACAACCGGACCUAGAAAGUUCUGCUUCUGGCACAAACCGCUUUGUGCUUGCCGACAUCAGCAGCUUCUUUACACUGCUGGUGGGAAUAUACUUCCCAUCUGUCACAGGUAUCAUGGCGGGUUCCAAUCGCUCUGGAGACUUGCGCGAUGCUCAAAAGUCCAUCCCUAUCGGCACCAUCGCAGCCAUCACCACCACAUCUACUACUUUGUCUUCAGAUAUUUCCUGUGUGGUCCUCUUUGGCGCUUGUAUAGAGGGUGUUGUCCUGAGGGAUAAGUUUGGUGAAGGAGUAAACGGUAACCUGGUGAUAGGGACUCUGGCAUGGCCAUCUCCAUGGGUCAUUGUGUUUGGAUCGUUUUUCUCCACCUGCGGUGCAGGACUUCAGAGUUUGACAGGAGCUCCACGUCUCUUGCAGGCUAUCUCAAGAGAUGGUAUCAUCCCAUUUCUUCGAGUCUUUGGGCAUGGUAAAGCCAAUGGGGAGCCCACCUGGGCCCUCCUGCUAACUGCUAGCAUUUGUGAGAUUGGCAUUAUCAUUGCCUCUCUGGAUGCUGUUGCACCCAUCCUCUCAAUGUUCUUCCUAAUGUGUUACAUGUUCGUUAAUCUUGCCUGUGCACUACAAACAUUACUGAGGACACCAAACUGGAGGCCACGGUUUAAGUUCUACCAUUGGGCUCUAUCUUUCCUGGGUAUGAGCUUGUGCUUAUCACUUAUGUUCAUCUGUUCCUGGUAUUAUGCCAUCGUUGCCAUGGGGAUUGCCACCUGCAUUUACAAAUACAUUGAAUUCCGUGGAGCUGAGAAAGAGUGGGGUGAUGGGAUACGCGGCAUCUCUCUGAGCGCAGCCCGAUUUGCUCUCAUGAGGUUGGAAGAAGGACCACCACAUACCAAGAAUUGGAGGCCUCAAAUUUUGGUUCUGGUCAGUACGGAUGCCGAGCAGAACGUCGAGCAGCCUCGUCUGAUCUCUUUGACCAAUCAGCUGAAAGCAGGGAAAGGCCUUACUAUUGUUGGCACCUCUGUUCAAGGAACGUUUCUUGACAACUACACUGAGGCCCAAAGGGCAGACCAGUCUCUGCGGAAACUGAUGGAGGCAGAGAAGGUUAAGGGCUUCCCCCAAGUCGUUGUAUCAUCCAAUCUGAGGGAUGGGACAUCCCAUCUGAUACAAGUUGGUGGACUAGGAGGUUUGAAGCACAAUACUGUAAUGAUCAGCUGGCCACGUAACUGGAAACAGCCCGAGUUCCACCAACAAUUCCGAGACUUUAUUGAGGUUGUCAGAGAAACGACAGUGGCCAGUUUGGCCUUGUUAGUUCCCAAAAACAUCUCUAGCUACCCAUCCAAUGGAGAGCGCUUCACUGAAGGACACAUCGAUGUAUGGUGGAUUGUUCACGACGGAGGCAUGCUGAUGCUUCUGCCGUUCUUACUGCGUCAGCAUAAGGUGUGGAGAAAGUGCAAGAUGCGCAUUUUCACUGUAGCUCAGAUGGACGACAAUAGUAUUCAGAUGAAAAAGGACGUCAUAACUUUCCUUUAUCACCUGCGUAUUGAUGCUCAGGUGGAAGUGGUGGAGAUGCAUGAUAGUGACAUCUCAGCCUACACCUAUGAAAAGACACUUGUCAUGGAACAGCGCUCACAGAUUCUUAAGCAGAUGCAUCUGACAAAGAAUGAGAUGGAGCGAGAGAUUCAGAGCAUAACAGAUUCAUCACGUGGCUCAAUCCGACGUAAAAAAUCCAAUGCCUCUCGCUCACACCAUAGCAUUGAGGAAGGAAGCAGUGUGGCUGAACAACCAGAAGAGGAGUCUGUGGCUGUUUCCAACUCAAAACAGGUCCAGCUUAUUCACAGUAAGAACGCUUCAACACCUACCAGCCCUACCAGCCCCACAACACCUGCUGGAAGCGGAAACACUUGGACGGACUAUAAGGGGGCUGACAAGAGAAAGAACCUGGAGACGAGCAAAGACCCCUUCAGCAUGAAACCGGAAUGGGAAAAUUUGAACCAGACAGAUGUGAGGCGCAUGCACACAGCUUUGCGGCUCAAUGAAGUCAUCACAAAGAAGUCCAAGGAGGCAAAGCUUGUCCUACUAAACAUGCCAGGACCCCCCAAAAAUCGUAUGGGUGAAGAAAACUACAUGGAGUUUCUCGAGGUGCUCACUGAGGGUUUGAAUCGGGUUCUCCUUGUCCGUGGAGGGGGACGUGAAGUCAUUACAAUCUACUCCUGAAUGUCCUAAAUGUAUGUAUGUAUAAUGUGUAAAUGUUACCCAGGAGGCUUUGCACUCAACCCUUACAGACUCUCACAAAACCUCCGUCAUGGAUAAACCAAGCAGGAGGCUCCAGCCUGAUUGAACCGUAGCUCACUACUGAUUCUGUUCCUACUUCUUUUUAAAGAAUGUUUUUGUCAAUUCCUUUCCUCUGCUAAUAUUGUAUAUGAAUGUUCUCAAUCUUUGUUCACAUUUCUCUUAAGCUGUUUGUAUGGAAGCAUGAAGGUCGACCAGCAAAAUGCUGAAUUUCAAUUUCACUCAAUAGUAGAAGUUUGGCUAGCAGCCAGGCUAACUUGUAAAUUUUAAGAACUUAAACCUGACAGACUGGUUAAAAAAUAAACAGUCAAGGACCGUUUUGAUAAUGUGAUCUUCCCUUAAGAAAGGGUCAUGUUUGAUGAACAGGUAAAACGUUUGAGCUUAUGAUCAAGCAUAGUUUGUUUUUCUUUCACUGCUACCUUGUAUUUUCAACAGAACAGAGCAGCAAACGUUAAGGAUUUCAACAACACUACAGAAGUUGUUGCCUCAAUAGCUAUAAAAUCAAAAACUGAAGGUUCAAAGUCUGAGGGUAAAUAACAGUACAGACACAUAUUUUUUCCCCAUUAUACAGAAAAGCAUAUGCAUAUCAAACUGCUGUGUGGCUUACAGUACUUGUGUGUGCAUUUCAGACAGAGCAAGAGAGAGAAAAAAAUAAAACUGGAGCAUAACACGUACAGUAAAUAUGUAGUUGUAGACAUAGAAAUACAAAUUAAAUUGUGUUUGUUAAAUAUUUUGUGGUUUUAUGUAGUUAUUAGAUGUCAUUAAGGUACUAGGGGAGAAUUAAAAUGUUACAAAAGUGUUUGAAAUGCAUAUUUUAUCAAGUUUUCAUUUGUUUAACAAUAGUUACAGGUUGUAACAUGUUGUAUGUGGAACUACA